CAAACGGAGAGCAGACAUGCUGAACCGCCAGUGCACGUAGGAUCCUGCAUGGACUGGUUUGUCCCGAGUUUAUUGAAGAGCAUUAAGUUAUGACGGGAAGCAUGUUUAAAAUAGAACCUGUCUUUGGUAAUUGAGUCGCAGAAAUCACAGAAUCUGUAAAAUCAGUUGAAGAGAAAUACUUGAGCCAGCCGGGUCUGACAGACAGCGUGUGGGAAUGGCAGCUCCCCGGCCGAUUAAAGGCAUCCUGAAAAACAAGAACAGCGGGACAAACGUCAAAUCGCUGCCCGACGAAGUACCGGGAGAGGAACAAGCCCCUGUACUCUCGGAAGAUGACCAACAGAAGAAAUCCACAAAGUGGGAUGAAAUGAACAUCCUGGCCACGUACCAUCCGGCUGACAAAGACUAUGGCCUGAUGAAGAUAGAUGAGCCCAGCACACCUUACAACAGGAUGGUGGGGGAUGACGAUGAUGAAGGGGCACUGAGUGACUCGGAUGGCCACGGUGGACUCACAGCUGACGACCUGGCAUCGAAGCUGGUGGCAGCUGAGGGCUCAGAGCCUCGCUUCAUGAAGGAAGAGGAAGAAGAGGAAGAGAGCAGUGAGGAGGAAGAGGAGCUGACUCCUGAAGAACAAGCCAAAAAGAAGCAUUUUCAGAUGAUGAGGAAGAUGCACUACAAUGAGGCCAUGAACAUCAAGCUGGCCCGGCAGCUCAUCGCCAGUGAGCUAGAAGAGGACGAGGAUGCAGACGAAGAGAUGACGGACGACACAGAAGAGGCGAGGCAGGACACAGAGGAGACGGAGGAGAUCAGUGUUGACCCGCCGCAGGAAGCUGAUUCUCUGGACUCGUAGAUGAGGUUUCUCCCACCUUGAGCCUGUGUGUCGGCUCCAGAUCCAGACAGACAAUGCCGCUGCGCUGUGUGUUUUUAACGCUGGGCCGCACAGCAGACACCGCUUCACCACCCAUAUAACGAACCUCAGCAGCCAAUAACCUCCCGGUCACCUGUCUCUGUCUCCACUGUUCCUUAGAACUGCGCAGUAUAACCAUCAGACACUCUGGUUUUUAACUCCCUGAAUCAGUACAACACAAGAAAAGACUGUUGCUCCUUCCUCCUCCUUCUCCUCCCUGCUCCUGUUGCCAAGAACUUCCCCCUCCUUCCUCCUCUGGACUGCCAUCGCACUGAAGAAUAUGUGAUUCUGACCCUGAAAGCAGGAUCAAGGCCUUGUUAAAACAAAAAAAAAAAAAAAACACUGCUGGAUACAGGACUCCCAUCUGGCCGCUCCACAGUCCGUCUGCAGGCCACAGAGGCGGUACGUCAGCCCUGGAGGAAGCCAGGGGAAACCCCACGGCCUCACUAAAGGCAUAUCUGAGACAUGACGACGGCGCUAUACUGAGUGCACUAAAGACGGCUUUUAUUUUGUUUUGCUUUGUGACCCACCACUAUGUUGAAUUUUCUUUCCUUCUUCAGUCCUUUUUGUGAUAGAAAUUGGACACCGUGACGACCAGUUUUUGUUUUUUUUUACCUGGUAAGUCAGGUAAGACAUACAUAAUGACAUAAUAGCGUUAUGAUAAUUUGGGAACAAAAACAUCCAAAUUUGACAUCAUAAAACCAAUAUUACAAACCAUGAGUUGACACAUGUAUGCUGCGGUGUCUCAUUUUAAUGCUCUCAACCGUAUGACUUCAUGCUUAAAGGUCCAGACACACCGAACUGACGUCGAAGAACUAGCAGCAACGAAAGCUGACUGCUGCGUUUUUUCAUGUCAUCUCACAUCGCCUGUCGGUCAAAAAAAAGUUGCACUUGAACACACCGCAAAGACGCUAACUUACAGCCAACAAGCACACACAUUCUCCCCCCGCGUGAGAGGAAAAAACUCGUCAUACCAGCAGACGGUGGUUGUCUGUAAUCGUCAUUUAAAAAAGGGAAAACCGGAAGACCGUCUUGAUGCUAGUUAUCCAGUUAGCACAUUAACAGCACAAUCCAGUGUUGAAAGAACAAAGCAUACGAGCUCAAGAACUAAAGACAAACAAUAUACAAAGUUUUCAACAUUCAUUCAACAUGCUGAAUCGGCUGAGAAAAAGCAGAAAAGGGCCAACGGUGCCGGAAACACUACAGCGACGAGUGCAACAGACGCGAAACAUUGACCGACAGCCGGCUUGGUGUGUCAGGGCCUUAAGAUCAACAGCAGAUUAUAAGUAUUAUAUUCGCGCUUUGCCCAAGCACUUCUUAUUUAAAUUCUCUCUUUACAAGCAAGGACACCACACCAAACCUCAUUUAAAAUUCUGGCAAUUAAAAAAAACAUAUAUACCUCAUGGAAAGAAACUGUAAACUUAAAAAAAAAAAAAAAAUCAAUUUCUAAAUUUGGCAUAUAGUUUGUCCCUUUAUAGUUAAAAAAAAAAUCAAAUAAAAAAAUCUGCAUUUAAAUUCAAUUACGUGAGAAGAUUGCAGGACUAGCAGCUAUUAAACACUUCAAAACGUUCAGUCAAGACUGAGUCAGUUUCUCCUGGCCACAGCAGUGAGGUAAUAAAACUGGCACUUAAACAUUUUAAGUCUUUACGAUUGCAGGAGGGACUGUGUCGAAGUCCCACAAUGUGUGCUACUGAUAAACAGGACAGUGUCCCGUCUUUAACAAGCUACGGUUUUAAGCAGUGAGCUUUUAUGUAGAUCUGACACAGAAGAAACAGGCUCAAUGCUCUCGCUCACAUAAUUUGUGUAGUUGACUUCUCAUCGUAUGAGAACGUCACCAGAUCAUCUGAGGAAGGUACAAUCAUCUAGUUUGAGUUUUAAUUUCUCACUUGGCGUCAUCACUUUAUUUAAUGUUGUUGGAUCUACUUGAGCGUCCUGUCCGACGCAGCUUGGGAAUGUUCAAGUUAAAGUUGUUGUCGAUGCUACUGACUUUAGUUAUAGCAGAUGUUGGUGGUGAGGUUAACCACUAAAGCUUAUUGGAGGCGUUUUAAGGAUUUUUGUGAUGUCUGGGGUUCCUACGAGUGUUGGAAAGUUACUAAGUCUUAAAGUUGUUGUCUGUCAGCGUCCGGGGAUUUGUCCACAGCUACACACGGUAUGACUUCACUAGUCGAAUGAAGAGAGAAAUGUCUGUAGGAACCCUGAGUAUGUCUUGUGUUGUGAUCUCUUAAUUUUCUCUGACCCUUUAAUUUCUCACUGUGAUUGAAAGUGUUGAGCUCGGCAUUUUGAAAAUACAAAAGAUCAUAAACCGACUUCUGCAAACGUCCCUUUGCAGUUAAUUUUGUUCUUGUAGUUUAGUAUUUGGUGGCGUUUGAUCUCCAUGACAGAGUUUAAAGAAUCUUCCUUUAGGCCAUUUCCCCCAACCAACACGCUCGAGCAGUUAAUGAUCACACGAUUAUUGUAAAGAAACACGAGGAGACGGUUCACUGAAUUUGUGAACAGAGAGAAAAGACAGCUGCAGAGAAGCUGAAGUGAUCUGUUUAUGUUCUCACUUAAGACAAAAGGACAAAAUUGUCCUAAAAAUGACUGACGUGAUCGCCCUGUUGGUGGUUAUUACCUGUCAAAUGUGCCUCUUAUGUAUUUAUGUACAUGUGUGUAAAAUGAACAGGCUAUGCUCCAUGUUACUGUUUUUCUGCCUCACGUGUCCACUGAGUUGCUUUUUUUGUUUUUCGCACCUCCUCUGCCCCGCUUGUUUUGUUUUUGAACAAUAGCGGACUGUUAAGCUCUGAGUGUCUCUCUCAAAAAUGACGCCGGGUGUUAAAUCUACACGUUUUUUGUAUUUCCAGUAUGCAUGUCCUUUAUCAUCAGAUUGUGUGUAUUCUGUUUCGUUUUCAUCUCCGAUCAUUAAACAAAUGUUGUUAGGAACUAA